GUUCAGAUACCUACUUGCUGUGAGCUAGAUGUGCUACCGAAUACUUUCAGCGGUCUCAACAUUGACAUAUCUAUCCUCGAACUAGAAAUCGAAAGAGCUGAAGUUGAUUACCGUCUUGUUCUACCAACAAAUCCAAAGAGGCUUGCAAACUUGACCACUUUAAUUGCAGUUAAGAACACCAUCUCGACAUCAACCGCUUCAGUGGAAAGAGCAUUUUCCGGAAUGAAUCGUAUCUGCACGAAGCUGCGAUCAACCAUUCGUCCAGAAAGAUUAACUGAUCUUUUAUGCAUUUCGUUAAACAGAGAUGUUGUUGAUUUGCUGGAUUUGGACGAAGUCGUAACAGCAUGGGGAAACAUGCGCAAUAG